UUGGUGCCGGCUUUGGCCAUGGCCAGUUUGUAAUGACAGGUCCUUGGCUACAUAACUACCAAGUUGCUUCGUAGACACAUGAUAACUAACUAGUACAGUAUAUUGUAUCUGCAUCAGACUUUGAGCGCUGGGCUUCUGGGCAGCUCAACCCAUGGCAACACUGCAACAAUGGUUUCGGACCGUGUGAUGCGGCUCUGUCACGCACAAAAGACGCUCAGCUCCGUGUUAGCCGCGAACCCGACCGCCGCGCCCGGCGACAUUGUCAAACGGCUCUACAAGGAAGAAAACGACGAUGGCAUCAACAACGCCCACGCCAACCAGAAGAACAGCGGCGAAGCCAAUGGCGCGCCCAAGAAACCCGAGUCGCUCGAGACGGCCCUGCGAUGCGGCAACUGGGGCCCUAAGACACCCAGCAGGCUCUUCCUCCAAGCCUACGCCGACGCCCUCGCGUGCCUCGACGACGACCCCUGGAGCGGCGUCGUCUCGCCCCCGCUCAUGGGCACCCACGGCACGGUGCCCCUGACCGCCAUCGCGCCGCUCGCGGACAUCAUGCGGCACUGCUCCAACGUGAUUGCACGCGCCGAGCGGGAGGUCAUCUUCGUGACGUGCGCGUGGUCGCCGUCGCUCGCGCAGCGGCUCGUACGCGGCGCGCUCGUGGAGCUGUCUCGCCGGCGCGCGGGAGCGGCAGACCGCGUCGUCGUCAAGAUCAUGUACGACCGGGCGGGGAUGUCCAACGCGCUGGACCCGCACCAGGAGAUCAAACCGGUGGCGUACGCGGGCGCGGGCGUGCUGCUCCCGCCGCCCGAGGAGGUGCCCAACCUGGACCUCCAGGUGGUGAGCAUGCACAGGUUCUUCCUCGGGACGCUGCACGCCAAGUUCUGCGUCGUGGACCGGCGCGUGGCCGUGGUGAUGAGCAACAAUGUCGAGGACAAUGAUAACAUGGAGAUGAUGGCACACGUGGAGGGACCUGUCGUGGACAGCAUCUACGACACGGCCUUGGCGAUAUGGAGCAAGGCGCUCGUCCCGCCGCUGCCGUGCCUGGUGACCUCGCCACCGCCAGUCAAGGACAACGGCAACGGCACUGCGGUGAUGGGUGGUACAAAGGCUGGACGAGGCCCAGACGGGGGAGAACCGCUAUAUCUGGCGCGCGGGUCGAGCCGCGAGCAGCAGCAGAGCGACAUCGUGGCCGAGGCCGAGGCCGCCGACGCGCCGCCGCUCCCCGAGCACACGCCCGAAGAUCCUCACUACGACGACGACCUCGCGGGCGAGAUCCGGCGCAUGCAGGCGUGCUACGCGGCCAAGCCAUGCGAGACACGCCUCCAGGCCGCCAACCGCCUGCUCAACCUAGCCGUCAAGAACCCGAUCCCGGCGUCAGGGCCCGCGAUCCCCGACGGCGCAGAGAUGACGCCGUACCUGGCGACGUCGACCGCCGAGCCCGUGCCCAUGGCGCUUGUGUCGCGCCCGGCGUACGGCCCGCUCGACAACAAGAGCGCGCGCGUGCCGCAGAACGAGGCGUGGCUGUCGCUGAUCCGGCACGCGCGGCGGUCCAUCUUCAUCCAGACGCCGGACCUCAACGCCGCGCCGCUGAUGAGGGCGCUGGCGGCGGCGCUGCGGCGCGGCGUCGAGGUCACGUACUACGUGUGCUUUGGGUACAACGACCUCGGCGAGAUGAUUCCCGGCCAGGGGGGGACUAACGACCAGGCGGCGCGGGCGCUCGUGUCGUCGCUGGAGAAGGCGGACGACGACAAAGAAGAGGAGGCGGCCGGGGGUGGCGGUAACGACGACGAGGACGGUAACGAUGACAGUAACGACGACGACAAGAGGGGAGAGUCGACGAGUGGACGACGACGACGACCAUGGCGGCAGCUGCUGCGGAUACACAACUACGUAGGCAAAGACCAGUCCCGGCCGACGCACCACUCGCGCAAGGCACGGUCCUGCCACGUCAAGCUGCUCAUCGCCGACGGCGCCGUGGGCGUGCAGGGCAGCGGCAACCAGGACACGCAGUCGUGGUUCCACAGCCUCGAGGUGAACCUCAUGGUGGACAGCGCCGAGGUGUGCGCGCGGUGGCGCGAGGGCAUCGAGCGGAACCAGAACACGGCGCGCUUCGGGCGCGCGGCCGCCGACGGCGUGUGGAGGGACCCGGAGACGGGCGAGCCGGCCGAGGGCUACCAGGGGGACCCGGGGCGCGUGUCGGGGCUGGUGAGGGGGGUGGCGGGCAUGGCGCUCAAGGCCAAGGGCAUGGGAGGGUUUUGAGCUGAGGCAUGUCUAGGACUCUAGACUGUCUGGUGCGCGACGAUGGUGGCUGGAGCGAGUUGGGUGUCUUGUCACUUCUUCUGUACAAUUGUAUAAGCGUUGUCUUGACGUGUUGUUAUGAAGCGGCGUGCUCACGCAUGGUUUCACGAGAUGGGCGUUGUGUGUGAGUAUGUGUAGUCUCAAAACGUUGGCUUAUAUUGUCUAUAUGUUACCAGGUCAAGUGUCGUUGUGGGGAGCCGUUGUCAUGUGUCCAGGUAGCUAUAUUCCGAACAGUAACUUCAGAC